CUCACAACAACACUUGGACCAAAAGCUCGCGAUUCGUUGAUGGAAACCGUGCUUUACUUUCGCUCGCUUUUGCAAUUUUCAACGCCACCGUUUUGAAGUGUCCCCACUUCCCACUUCCCAGUACCACUCCCACCAAAUUUCGGUGCUCUUACCUUCGGAACGCUAAAAAUCAAUUCUUGGAUUGCAGAUAUUGUUUUUACUGUUUUAGAUUUCAGGUUCACUUUGAAGGAGAGUAGAUCCCAGGAAGCACAGGUUACCUUCAGGAAUUGAAAAAAAAAAAACUGCAGUGUAGGGCCUUGCUCUUGCUACUGACUGAAGUUUGUUGGAUGGCGGAGAAGUCUUGUAUCAAGCGCCUUCAAAAAGAAUAUAGAGCCCUAUGCAAAGAGCCGGUAUCCCAUGUUGUUGCCCGCCCUUCACCGAAUGAUAUUCUUGAGUGGCAGGGAAGUGAAGGAACACCUUUUGCAGGUGGAUAUUAUUAUGGAAAAAUCAAGUUUCCUCCUGAGUAUCCAUAUAAACCACCUGGAAUAAGUAUGAUUACGCCUAAUGGCCGGUUCAUGACUCAGAAAAAGAUUUGUUUGUCUAUGAGUGAUUUUCAUCCUGAAAGCUGGAAUCCCAUGUGGUCCGUAUCAAGCAUACUUACAGGACUCCUUUCAUUCAUGAUGGACAGCAGUCCAACCACUGGUAGUGUGGACACUACCACUGCUGAGAAGCAGCGACUAGCCAAAACUUCCCUUGCUUUCAAUUGCAAGAAUGCAACAUUCCGGAAAAUGUUCCCUGAGUAUGUUGAGAAGUACAACCUGCUGCAGCAGCAGCAGCUUUCUGAGAAAGUUGAUUCCAGGAGGGCAUCACCGGAGACAUGUCAGGAUGAAAGUCAGAGGCCCUUAACGGAGAAGGUCUUCGAUUCUAAGGGAGAAGACAUGAAAAGAGCAGAUGGGAUGAAGGAUGUGAGAAUGAACAAAAAGCAAUCUUUCCCAACAUGGAUGAUGUUGUUACUCUUUUCCAUCUUUGGAGUUGUAAUGGCAUUGCCUCUGCUUCAGCUAUGAUGACGUGUUUCCUAUAUGCUUCUUAGACACUGUGACGCUUAACAUGAUUUGUAUAGGGAACCUAUGGAUAUGGAGGUUGUCCUCUAUCUAUAUGCUGAUUUCGAUCGUCUGUGUCUAUGUUGCCUAUUUGGAUUCAGCGCUAAGAAGUAACGAACGAGUUCUAUUUUGAGGUUUGGCUUCUGGUAUUGUCGGUUGGCAACUAGAUGUCAUGUAAGAAGUAAGAAAUAAUUGCCAACCAAAAUACAUAUACACUCCGUCCGCUCCUUUUUAUGGUAGAAUUUUGGGAGUCUUCUGUUCUUGCUA